AUGCUUGACGCGCAGCUCCCGAUCAUUCCGCCCCAAUCGCAAACAGCUUACAUGCCGCCGUCUUACGCGCAUGACGUUAAACCCCCCGUCUCGCCCAACUCGCCUCAGCAUGCUCCGCAAGCGCAACACUUUUCCCCGGUUUCGUCAAUAUCACAACCAGAACCUGUUCAUCAUAUACCACAGGUUGAGACACAGCAGAGCAGGCACGCUCGGCAGAUGAGCAACCUGUCGCCCAUCAACACGAACAUCCGGACGUAUGCCAUGCCGCCCAUCCCUCCUACGCCGCCGUCGGGCACGCAUCAAACCUCGCCGCUACCGCACAAGACACCAAUGACCCCCAUCUCCGCCAACUCGAUGCACAAAGAACAGCCGCGAGAUGUUCCAACCUCCCCCACGCUCCGAAACUCGCCGUAUCCGAACGAGCCCUAUUCACCACACGGUUUCUCGAACCAGAACAGCAACUUCCACGCCGUAUUCUCCCCAGACGCCGCCCAUGGCCCCAACGGCCUCGAUUUUGCUGCACACCAGCCAGGCCAGAUAUCGCACCCAAACAUGGAGCUAGAGAAAUCACACGAAUGGUCAAACGGCAUCUGCGCAUGCAGCCCCGACCCUUCAACCUGUCUUACAGGUCUGUUCUGCCCUUGCAUCCUCUACGGCCGCACCUCGUACCGCCUGUCCCAGAAAUCCGCGAAGAAAGAUCCCACGGAUAUGCUCGGCCACAGCUCCACGAACGGACACUGCAUGGUCAUGGGCCUUUCCUGUGGACUGUGGUGGCUAUUCCCUAUGCUUCAACGGACACGUAUUCGGCGCGCGUAUAAACUUGGAGGCAGUUUUGGGAGCGAUCUGCUCAAGGGAUGUUGCUGCUGCUGCUGCGUUACUGUGCAGAAUGAGAGGGAGGUCAAGCACAGAGAGGAGGUUAGUAGACGGUGGGCUGGGCCGGCGAGCACAGACGCUUAUACGAGGACGGGAGGUAUGGUGUACAAACCACAGCAAUAG